AUGCUCCUCCUGCUGCUGCUGCUCUCCCUGGCUACAGUCAGCCACGUGUCAGCUGCACGAGUUACUUUUACAACUAAUGCUACAGCAAACAUCAAUGCAUGUCCCGUUGCCUUUUAUGGACAAGUUUACAAGACUCUAUAUGUGAACUUGACGGACAGCAACGUCGCAUUUUGUUUCAAAGGCCCGUACAGGCCUGGAAGCAAAAACGACUGUAUUCUGCUACCUAAGGGAGCAGUCACCAGAGGUUAUCUGGAUACAGCCCAAAGGACAUAUAGACCAGGAUCCCAUUAUCAUAGAGGUCUGCCUCAACUCACAGGUUCAUCAACAUGCGAGGCGUACGUGGUUACACUGAAUGGAAAUAGCCGGGCGGGUGUAUUCUACUUCGCACAGUUUGGUGAACAAGGAGCUUUAUCUGCAAGAUUGUAUUCAGCCUGGUCAUCCAGUCCUGUGGAGGCCAUUGUGCAGGUCGAUGAUGUUAAAGUGGAUGACUGGAAAAUGAUCCCAGGUCACACAAACUACACGGACAUAAGUGGAUGCAGACACUCAGGUGCUCUAUUUCUACCAAAAACGGGAAAAUGUGAAUCAGAAGACUCCCCUGUAACCUGUAAUGCUUCAGCAGUCCUCAACACCACUCCUUGUGGCUCCGGAGAGAUCUGCCAGGGCGACGGCCAAUGUGUCUUGAAUGCCACGUGCACUGUAACCGGCUCCACUGUCAUCGAUCUCGGCGGUAAAGUUGUCUCUGUCCCGGAUCGCUGUGCGUACACUCUGAUGUCAGAAUCAGGCGUCCACCUGCAGGCCGUCUUCCAGGACCGCCGUCGUAAAGAUGUUCGUUUUUUGGACCAUGUGAUCCUACAUCUGAAUAACCCAGGCGUUAACUUUCACCUGGGACAAGGUGGGAGGGUUCAGCUGAACGACACAAAGCUGAGCCUCAGCAGCACGCCUGUGGAGCAUCAUGGUGUGCAGCUCUCUAAGGACCAAACUGGAGUCACAGCCAAGCUGGUGCACUCCAACUACAACACCUCUAUCUUCUUUGAUGGCUACACAGCACAGAUCCACAUGACAGGACCAAGUGGAAAGACCCUGUGGGGUUUAUGUGGCGACUCCAGCCGGUCGUUGGGUGACAUGAAGGUCUCGGCGUACAGCUCCGACGACUGUGAGGAUGAGCACGAAGAAGCUGCUGACAGUCAGAUCAACUGCAAGACAGUGACUGAACGCUGUAAUCUCCUGAAGGAGGAUCCCUUCACCUCCUGCCACAAGCGCACCAACCCCGAGCCCUUCAUCACCGCCUGCACCAACACUCUGUGCAAAUACCCAGCAGUGGACGGUCUCAACUGCCAGUUCCUGGAGGCUUACGCCAGAGCCUGCAGCCUGCAAAGCAAAGUCACGCUGGAGGACUGGAGGUCAAAGGCCAGCUGCCCCUCCCCCCGGGCCUUCUGUCAGGACAAGUUCUGCAGUGCUCAUGAGUUCUGUGCUGAGGACAUCAGUGGUGGAACCAGCUGCUACUGUCGGGCCAUUUUUGGCUCCAAGUACAGAUCGACAAACACUUUUGGUGAGCCGACCGUCUGCAACCAAAGCUCUGCUUCACUUACUCUGGUUGGUUGUCUCCUGGAGGAAAAAAGCAUCGACUACUCUGCCUUACACCUCAAUGACCCAAACUGCAGAGGUCAGCAGGACAGCAAGACCCACAUGGUGACCUUCAGCUUCAACAGCAGCAACGUCUGUGGGACGGUGGUCAAGGCCGACAGCAAACAAGUCGUGUACAAGAACGCCAUCAUGAAUCGGGACAGCUCUGGCCCCAUCACUCGUCAUGACCAAGUGAACAUCGACUUCUCCUGCUUCUACAACCAGCCAGACAUCGAGACCGUGGCCUUCAAAAUCAAAGACAGCUCUGUGGUGGAGGAGAUUGUAUCUGGAGCAUGGAAAUACACUCUGACCAUGAAGGCCUACACUGAUGCUGGCCGCACUCAAGCUGUGGAGUCCAGCACAGAAAUCCAACUGGAGGAGACCAUCUGGGUGGAGCUGAAGACGGACGGGCUAGAUGACAAACUCGUCGCUGUGGUGACCGACUCCUGUUGGGCGACCAAUGAAGCGUCAUCCAGCGGGAGUCUGAGAUACGACCUGAUCAUUAAGGGCUGUUCGAACCCUGCUGACCAGACGGUGAAGGUGCAGGCUAACGGACUGGGAACAUCCAACUACUUCUCCUUCAACAUGUUCCAGUUCUCUGGGAAGUCUGGUGACGUCUACCUGCACUGCAAACUCAACCUGUGUGUGAAGAAGAAGAACAGCACCUGCGCCCCGAGCUGCAGCGGAGGUAAGAGAGGACGCAGAUCUGUCAGGACUACAUAUGAGGAUGUAAACCCAGCCUUCAUCACCAUGGCCUGGACUAAUUAGGUUGUUUCCAUGGCAACUCGGACGGACCUACAGACUGUCGACCUUCAGCAUGAUUCCAGACUUUUGCUUCAUCCUGAUCAAGAGCCACGUUUCCUUAAAAGAUUAGCUCAGUUGUUAUUGCUAAUGAAGCCACGCUAGCACAAAGCUGUGAUAACUAAACACUCCUGAUCCUCCUCCAGCUUUGAUUGGCCGAUUCAGUCCAGUUUAAAGUUAAGAGUUGAGUCGGUCUAGCAGGAAACAAUCUGCAGCUCACAUGAACUGUGUGAAUAAGGACAUUCAGCCCCCAUCAGCUCUGAGCAUGUUAGCGUGGAUCAUGUGUCAGUAACAAACCUGAGUAAAUCUAUGAUGGAACGUCUCUGCAGAACAUGUUGCUGUGCCUUCCUCAGUGAUUUACACUUUAAAAAGACCAAACAGGCAGCAACAGAACGGUUGAUCUGAAUCAGGUUCAUGUCUUCAUAUCACACAGACUGCACCUCCUUCAUACAGGAUCUCACUGUUCUGUGAUUAUUCAGACCCAAAACAUUGGAGCAACUUUUCUGCA